GACGUCAUAUCGUCAUACCUGCAAACUCGGAUUGGGCCAAUCAGUAUGUAGGGGCAUUUUAAUCGCAUAUGCAACAUGUCGCGAUCGUCUUAAUUAGAUUAGGGAAUGUUCGCCUAAAAUUACUCCAUUUAACAGUUUAUCUAAUCGUACUUGCAACAGUUGGAAAACCAUCGUACAUUUCUCACUUCUACGUUACACCGGUCGUUGACAUGAGGCUGCGAAAUAUCGUGCAAAUGAGAAAGAGUGAAGUGAUGGAAAGCUGGACAUAACCCUGUAACAAUGAGAUGGAUGUCCUAUUUCUAAGUCGAAAUACAUUCUCUUUAUCGUAAUCAAGGCUGUACUCUGUAUACGAGGAAGAGAUAGAGAGGGAGAGAGAGAGAGAGAGAGAGAGAGAGUGAGAGUUACCGAGCGCGGUGUUUUUCGAAUUAUUUUGGAACUGUGGGCUCAAUAUGGGAUUGCUAUUUGCAAAGUUGUGGAGUCUCUUUGGUAACGAAGAACAUAAAAUAGUUAUGGUAGGAUUGGACAACGCCGGUAAAACAACCAUAUUAUAUCAAUUUCUAAUGAACGAGGUUGUUCAUACGUCCCCGACUAUUGGUUCAAAUGUAGAAGAAGUAGUAUGGAAGAAUAUUCAUUUCAUAAUGUGGGAUUUAGGGGGACAGCAGAGCUUAAGGGCCGCAUGGUCUACUUAUUACACGAAUACAGAAUUCAUAAUUAUGGUUAUAGACAGCACAGAUAGAGAGAGACUCGGUGUGAUAAGAGAAGAAUUGUAUUCUAUGUUAAAUCACGAGGAACUUAGCAAAGCUAAUGUUUUAGUUUAUGCUAAUAAGCAGGACUUGAAGGGUAGUAUGACAGCCGCUGAAAUUUCAAGGCAACUAGAUUUAACAUCGAUCAAAAAACAUCAGUGGCACAUACAAAGCUGUUGUGCUCUCACGGGAGAAGGACUCUAUCAAGGACUGGAAUGGAUCGUUGGACGUCUCAAGAAGACAUGACGUACAUUAUGAGAAUUUGUCAUAAAUUCGACGAAUAACUAAACUGUAUAAUAUGUGAUUAGCGCGAGUUAGUAUCGUUGCUACUUUGAUGGUCGUACACAUAUUGGAAAAAAUAAUUUUAUGACGUUUUAAAAUGAUACAUUAAUUUAUAGUACGAUGAUCAAAGUAUAACUGCAUAUACCGAGACAAUUACCGUAGCAAAUGUUUAAUGUAUUUCAGAGUGGACGGGCAAAAAAUUUAUUUAUUUUCAAUAAAAUAAUAAUACACGCUCGCGUUUCCUGAUAUAAAAACGUGAAAAUAAUUGUGGAGAAAAGAUGAAUUAUCGAUAGGCAUAAAAGAAAAAAAAAGAAGAAAAAAAAAGAGCGAAGCUAAAGAAGAUUGUAAAAUAUAAAAUAGGAGGUUUCCCAUGAUGUAUAAUGCUUGAUUAAUUUUACAAUAUUACAGAUAUGUUAAAAUAUGUGUUGUUUUACGUUUAAGUAACAUGCAUUUUCAAGAGUGAUAACUGCCAAGUCUUAUUCCUCGUUCGCACAUAUUUCAUAUAUCAUUUAAUUCCCGCAAGUACUAUCCAAUAAUAACUAUCGGUUAUUAUAAGAAAAAGAAGCGCAAUUGGAAGAAUCUAAAAUAAAUUCUUGAAAAUAGAAUUUUCACCGACCCGUUCACUUGUGCUUAUAACAAAUGCCGAAGCCGCAGGAAGUACUUGUUUACAUACAAAGAGAAUAUCAUCGUUUGGCUUCUUAUGCAAAAGUAAAAGGUACAUCUUUGUACAUAGUUUUUAUACACUUUAUUAACGAUAAGCGACUGUAAAAAAAAAAAAAAAGAAAAAAAAAAGAAAGAAAAAACAAAAAAAAAUAAAUAAAGAAAAAAGAAAAAAAA